ACUUACGUGGGUUUUGGUUCGUUCAAAAAUUUCCAAGCCAAACGGUCCAAAACCCGUGGCUAAUAUGCCGGGAAACUUCUUGCGAAAUUGUUCGUCAAUUUUCAUGCUCAUGUUGUGCUGCUGUGCUUAUAAAUCGACCCAUUAAUUAGCUCAACCCCCCCUGCCGGCCGACCGACAGACCAACCACCCAACACCUCUUCUUCCGAAAACAAUGGCAACAGCUAGAUUAAUGUUUCGUACGGCUAGGCCACCUUUGCCUCUUGGUCUUCCUUCUUCUUCUUCCUCCUCUGCGUCGGCUUCUUUGUCCGGGACUACUGUCAGGUGUGUAAGCAAAGCGGGGUUUAUUGAAGCUGAUGAUCGGAAGAGUGUCUCCAUGGAUGGCGAGACUAGGAACUCAGUCCUGGCUGUGAAGGCGUCCGCGGCUACUUCGGAGCCCAUCCUUUGCUCAGAACUUCGAGCCGGCCGUGGAAUAUUAUUGUCAUAUUUGGCUUCUCUUGUGGUGGCAAAUGUUAUCAAGGCUGCCAUGUCUACGUUGAGAUCAAUGGCUGUGGAACAGAGAUUAUAUGUCCAACUGUUCAUUGAAAGGGCUAUAAUUGAUUGCCGAUUCUUUACACUAUUUGCUGUUGUGGGAUCUUUAUUCGGUUCGGUGUUGUGUUUCCUUGAGGGUUGCUUUACCAUAUUAGAGUCAUAUUUACAGUAUUUCCACUCGUUCUCAGACAAGUCCAAUCAAGAACAUGUCAUGCAGCUACUUAUUGAAGCCAUAGACAUGUUCCUGGUAGGAACUGCCAUGCUAAUGUUCGGGAUGGGUUUGUACGUGAUAUUUGUUGGGAACAAGACAAUGACACGAAAAGGGCCACUGCUUUCCGGGUCAAACUUGUUUGGUCUCUUCUAUAUGAAGACACUUCCGGCAUGGGUUGAGAUGCAAUCAGUUUCACAAGCCAAAUCGAAAAUAGGGCAUGCUGUGAUAAUGAUACUUCAGGUGGGAGUUCUGCAGAAGUUAAAGAACAUACCUUUGGUUUCUGGGGUGGAUCUUGCCUGUUUUGCCGGAGCUGUGCUGAUUUCCUCAGCUAGUAUCUUUCUUCUCUCAAGACUCUCUGCUGGAUCAGAUAUACCAUCGAAGAUUGGUAUCUAACCUAGCUGGGGGCCACUGGGGAAUGUACGUUCAUGUAUUUCCAAUUAUCACAGGCCUCAAGAAGACUUUGUUCAUUAGUUCA